AUGUACCUAGCUCCUGCCCCGGCGAGCUUCCCCGCGCGCGCGUCUGUGUGUGCGUCGCCACGUGACGACACAACUGCGCCGCACAACAUCGAUUCGCCUUCAGAGUUCCGAGCAAUCGCCUCAGUCACCAAAACGGACGGUUUCUUUUGUGAACGUGUUCCAAUUUCGGAGUUCAUCACGAGCGGGCUUAAGGAGAUCUACAGCCAAGUGGACAGCGGCGGCGGUGGCUCGGCCGAAGUGAUGGUGUACUCUCUCGGCUGGGGCAUGGGCGAGCCAGAGCGGCGUGCCGUGGACCGUAAGCGAGCCCAGCCGCCCUCUGUCACCCUUUCACCAGACGAAGGGCAUGAGGUCGACGUGUUGCCAUUGCACAAUCAGGUGGGCGGCCACACUAGGCUGCUGGUGCUGAACGACAGUACGGUAAUCAAGCCCCUGAACAUCCGCGAACUGCAUUUCUACCAGAACAUUCCCGAGGACAUCCAGAACUUCGUACCUAGAUACAAAGGCGUGAUGCAGGCCUCUAACACUGGCGGGCAGAAAUUGGACAAGCGCUACUCGCCAUGUUUCCGCGACGAGAACGGCCGCAAGCAGUCGCUGGGCGGCAAGCGCAAGCGAGACGACGUGUUCAAAUUCAAAGUGCACCGGAACGGCAAUGCGAGCGAGGUGCUCAAGAGCAUUGCGCACAUGGACAACUCUAAUAAGCAAUACUUCCUGAUGAUGAUGGGCACGAGGCAGCACGGCGACGACGCCACAGCCGAGAAGCGCACCAAGCAGAUAGCUAAGUGCGCGGCCAGCACGUCCGCCACGCUCGGGGUCAGGCUGUGCGGCAUGCAGGUGUGGAUGGCGGGAACGGGCGCGUGCGUGCGCCGCGACAAGUACUGGGGCCGGGCGCUGAGCGAGGCGGGGCUGAGGGACGCGCUGCGCGACUUCUUCGCGGCCGGCGGAGGGCUGCGGGCGCGCGUGGUGCGGCGCGUGCUGCGCGAUCUGGACGCGCUGCGGCGGGCGGUCGCCAAGCAGACCAGCUACCGCUUCUACUCGUGUUCGCUGCUGAUCGUGUACGAGGGCGACGUCUCGAGCGGCGGCGUGCUGUGCGACGAGAGCGCCGCCAGCGAGUACGACGCGGACGCGUCGAGCAGCUCGGCCGAGCUGGCGCCGUCGCCGGGCCACUUCGACAUGUCCACGCUCACGGACGGGAUGCCGUCGCCGCGCGAGCCCUUCACCCACUCCGAGGAGACGAUGGGCGGCUACGAGGAGGGCGAGGUGUCGCACUCGCUCCGCCCGCAGCCGCCCAGCCCCGACUCGGCGGACAGCUGGAUGGCGUACUCCACCAGCAGCGAGUCGUGGCGCGGCGACAGCGAGCCGGUCUCGGACGAGGACGCGACCAAGCGCGCCCGCACGAAGCCCGACUGGUGCCCGCCGCCGAGCGAGCGCGUCGACAUACGAAUGAUCGACUUCGCGCACACGGCGUUCGCCGGCGCGGCGGCCGAGUCGCCGCUCGCCACCGCCACCCCCCACCACGGGCCCGACUGCGGCUUCCUCACGGGCGUCGACAGCCUGAAGCGGCUGCUCACCGAGAUCUUGCUGCCGCCGCCGUACAGU